AUGGAUGAGGACCUUGAUGAAGGCCAAUACGAUAGUCACGAUGAAGGCACGUAUCCGGCCUUCGGCACUAGCUUGGAGGAGCUCAAUGGUUCAGAUACAACUCCUGCUUUGGCUAGCAAUCAUGGACAGCGCGUCGACAUUGAACUGGUCGUGCCCACCAUUGAAGGCACGAUAGGUGCUUCAUCCGAAGCCAGUCUUGCCUUUCCCAUUACUGUCGCUGAAGCUGUCCUGAGCCUUCCGGCAGUGCAACCUCCUCCUUCUCCUAACCCAUGUACUCCCGACAUGGCUGCUGACGCCUCUCCGCCACUUCUAACAGUUCCUCCUCCUAUUUCUCCAAUUCCGAACGCACCUGACAUAGCUUCCGGCACCGCUCCACUUCUUCCAGCAGUACAUCGCCUUACUUUUCCGAUUUCGAGCACACCUGACAUAGCUUCCGGCACCACUCCACUUCUUCCAGCAGUACAUCCCUUUGCUGAGGUUAUUGACAAUAGUCAUAAGAAUGGUGAUGCUUUUAUCGCAGGUUCCUCAAAAGCGCAUUCAUUCGAGAAACUCAUGUCUUGGCAAGAUUGGGAGAACUCCUACACGGCAUUCAAAGCCUUUUUUGAUGCUGGUGUCACCAUUCUUAGAUCCAUUGAUGAACUUCUUCCGCUUUGCCACAGAUUCGAUGGUUAUGCGACAUUCCAAGGUGCCCUUGUGUAUCCAGAGAUGGUUGAAGCCUUGAAAAGGUUCAUGGACAAAUACGGAAGUUUGAUGGAAGCUACAAAUGUCACCUCUUCUUUCUCAAGGUGUAUUGCCCUUCGAGCCCUUGGCUUAGUACUUCAUGGGAUGGACACCAUGCAACUCCUUGAUAUUACGGAUCACAAACUGCUCUGUUGGCGAGAUGCAAUAUGUGAGGCCAUGAUUCUGGGCUUUCGCGUGGAAUUUCUUCUUAAACUCAUGAAGAACUUAGCACGUGCCGGCUUUGGAGCACGUGCCAUUCGUAGUAUGCAAUUAUCGCAUGAUUCUGAUGAAGUAAACAACAGGAAUUGGAGAACCAGCGCCGGUAGAUGCAUGCCCUCCUUCUUGCUAAGGGUAUUUCUAUUGACAGCGCUGAGUGCGUGA